AUGGUUUUUUGGGCUGUGGGCUGCAUCCUUCUGGCCCUCCUCACCUGGUGGUUCUGUCAGCCCCAGGCUCCUCCCGGCAGAUCCACCGAUGGCAAGAGGCAGCUGCGAAGACAGGGACUCACAGAGGAGGAGCACAAGGCUGCUGGAGUCCCUUUGGGAGAAGAGCGGGGGUCUCCUGUAGGGGGCUGCCGCCUCAUCUGCAAGCCCUCUGCCCUCGCUCAGGCCCUGGUCAAGAGCUUCUGCCGCUCUGCCCACCUGGAGACCAAGCAGUGGUCCUGGAAGCGGUGGCCAAACCUGCAGACUGCUGUGCAGCUCCUGUGGCCCCCGGAUCGCCCACUGGAGUUUUCCAGGGACCACCUCCAACUGGCGGACGAGGGCAUCGUGGCGUUGGAUUGGGUGUCCGGACCCGUGGACGGAGGCAGGAAAGCCACUGACGCAGCGGUUCUCCUGGUGGUGCCCAACGCCACUGGCGCGAUCAGCAGGAACGUCCAGCAGCUGUGCCGACUGGCCCUCCGGCAAGGCUACCAUCCGGUCAUCUUCAACCGGCGUGGGCACAACGGCUGCCCACUGACCACCCCCAGGCUGCAGCCCUUUGGCGACCCAGACGACUUGAAAGAGGCUGUGGCAUACAUCCAGUUCCGGCACCCCACCAGGACCCUGUUUGCCGUGAGCGAAGGGUCAGGGUCAGGCCUGCUGCUCUCUUACCUGGGCGAAUGCGGCUCGUCCAGCUACCUGUGUGGCGCUGCCUGCAUCUCACCCAUUCUGAAGGCCCAGGACUGGUUUGAGGCCGGCCUCCCUUGGCUGUAUGAAUGGAGUCUCCUCCUGCCCCAGAAGAGGAGCGUCAGCAGGUGGGUAUUCCCAAAGCUUCUGGCAUAGCCCGCCCUCCCACAUUUCUCUGAUGAAAAUAGGAAAAGCAGGACAUGAAGGGAUCAAAUCAGAAACCGGGACGGCUUCUGAAAAUCCGGGACUGCCCCUGGAAAAUAGGGACACUUGGAGGGUUGGGAAUAGCGCCUGAACCAGUAGUAUGCGGUGACAUUUUUCGUAGGGGAACAGUUAGGACCAGAGGGACCAGUGAGGGAGAUGGGGGGGCACAUGUCACAAGCAUGAUGCCUUGAUGGCCUGGUGUUGAUCAUGUGAGCAUCAUGCCUCCCUCCCUAACCUGGGCAGAAACUUUCCAGGCUUUGGGCACAAGGAGAACAUUUAGAGGACUAUCUUAGUCUCCCUAGUCCACUGACCACAUGCCAAUAGCCUGAACUGGUGGUGGUGCACAUGGGGGCACUCAUAAAACUCCUGAAGGCCCCCUAACACACAUACUGCCCCACCCCAUGGCCGUUACGUGGUGAAGGUGGUUGCUACCCCCCCUUCAGUUCCUAGAGGUGAUGGAGGAAGCGAAAAGACUGACACUCUUUCCCACUUCCUGCUGUGGCUUUGUGGUCUUCAAAGCCCAGAUUUAAAUUUACAGGAUCUGACUUUUAAUCAGAUCUCUUUGAAAAAGCAAAGUGUGGGUGCCCCCCUUUCGUGUGGGGGAAACCGAUCUGGGGUGGGAAGUGAUGAGAAGCUCAAAAGGAACUCCUCCUUCAGUUCAGCUGUGGAACUCCCUGCCACAGGAGGCUGCAAUGGACACCGACUUGGUUGGCUUUGAGAGAGGAUUAGACAAAUUCAUGGAGGAGGAGAGGGCUGCUGACGGCUGCUAGUCAUGCUGGCUCUGCCCUGCCUCCAAAGCGGGAGGUGGCAAUGCUUCUUCUGAAUGCUAGUUGCUGGAAACCAGACGAGACAUUGCUCUUGAGAUCGAAUCCUGCUUGCAGGUUUCCCAUAGGCAUCAGGGUGGUGGCUUUGAGCAUAGAACGUUGGACUGGAUGGGCCACUGUCCUGACCCAGCAAGCUUGCCUUCUGUGCUUAAAAAUCUCAAUGACCCCUUAUAGUAAUAAUAAAUAAAAAAUAAUAAUUUAUUAUUUAUACCCCGCCCAUCUGGCUGGGUUUCCCCAGCCACUCUGGGCGGCUUUCAACAGAGUAUUAAAAUACAAUAGCCUAUUAAACAUUAAAAGCUUCCCUAAACAGGGCUGCCUUCAGAUGUCUUCUAAAUGCCAGAUAGUUGUUUUUCUCUUUGACAUCUGAAGGGAGGGCGUUCCACAGGGCGGGCGCCGCCACCACCGAGAAGGCCCUCUGCCUGGUUCCCUGUAACCUCACUUCUCGCGAUGAGGGAUUUCCGCGCUGGACCUCAGCGUCCGGGCAGAACGAUGGGGGUGGAGACGCUCCUUCAGGGAUACUGGACUGAGGCCGUUUAGGGCUUUAAAGGUCAGCACCAACACUUUGAAUUGUGCUCGGAAACGUCCUGGGAGCCAAUGUAGGUCUUUCAAGACCAGUGUUAUGUGGUCCUGGUGGCCACUCCCAGUCACCGGUCUAGCUGCCGUGUUCUGGAUUAGUUGUAGUUUCCGGGUCACCUUCAAAGGUAGCCCCACGUAGAACUCUUGAUGGUGCCUAUUGGAUAGAGAAGCAGGGUGUUUGCAGAAAUCAGCCUCUUGUGCAAAGGUACAAUUUGCAUUUGUUGCCCUGCUUGCUUUCCCUUCCGGCCCCACUCACCCCUGGCAUGUGGCCCCCUGGAAAAUGCGGAGCCCAGCCUGAAAAAAACUUCCCCACCUGCUGCUCUGUGUUCCAGGUACACCGAUGCCCUGGAGAAGGUGGUGGAGAUGGACAGGGUCCUUGGGAGCAGCUCCUUGCGAGCUUUUGAAGCUGCCCUCUUCUGCCCACAGCGGAGGCAGAAGAUGAGCUGGGAGACCUACUGGGCCAGCAAUGAUCCCCUGCGGGACGUGGACGAGGUGGCCGUGCCUGUCCUGUGCCUCUGCAGCGCCGAUGACCCCGUCCGGGGGGCUCCCGAGGACACAAUCCCAUGGGAGCUCUUCCAAAGCAACCCUUUCUUCUUCCUGCUGCUGAGUCCGCACGGAGGACACUGCGGAUUCCUCGGGAAAGAUCCCAAAGGCUCCUGGGGUAACGCAGUGGUGCUGGAGUACCUGCAGACCUUGGCGGAGUUUCUCCGAGGGGAAGAGAGGGUGAAGGACAAGCCCCGCCGAAGGACAGCCACUGCCCAGCAUCGCUGCUGCCGGCGGCGCGGCCCUCUGCGGAACAGGGGAGCCGCCCUGCCUGGCCUCGACCUCUUCAGCUGGCGAAGGUCGUACACACGGUGA